AUGAGCUCUCGAAAGCGAUCGCGCUCCGUCGCGGAGGAGAACCGCGCGGAAUGUCCAUUUACCGUCAACUACGUCAACAGUCCGUCGCGGGCCGAAAAGGAGCGACACAAAAACAAGAAGAGGAAGCGCGAUGGCCAGGAGGAGGAGAAGCGGGUGCAGAUCCAGAUCUCCCCCUUCUCGCCCACCGGCGCGUUCAAGACUCACGAUACUAUGGAUCUUUACUACACCGUCGAGCCCGGGAAGCGAUGGCUAGACAUGACGCGGUACAACAGCUUCGUCCUAAAUGGAAUCAAAUACUAUAGUGAAGGUUUCGUUUUCGUCGCCAACGAAGCGACCAUCGAGCGACAACGGGCCGCCGCGAGUUUAGGUAAUGUCGGGCCCAUCAAGAAGUCUGACGACGACUGGGUGGCCCGCAUCCUCGAGAUCCGAGCCGCCGACGAGCACCAUGUUUAUGCGCGCGUGUACUGGAUGUACUGGCCCGACGAGCUGCCACAUGGCACGCUGGACGGCAAGAAGACGGUCCAGGGUCGCCAGCCAUAUCACGGCCAAAACGAGCUGAUUGCGUCGAACCACAUGGACGUUAUUAACGUCGUCAGUGUAACGAUGCCAGCAACCGUCAAUCAAUGGAUCGAAACCGAUGACGACGAGAUCCAAGACGCGCUGUAUUGGCGACAAGCCUUCAACUGUCGCAAUGCGCAACUUUCCUCGGUCGAACUAAUGUGCAAAUGCGAAACUCCCGCGAACCCUGAUAGGACGUUAAUAGGAUGCACAAGCCCUGAUUGCGGGAAGUGGAUGCACCACGAAUGCCUGAGCCACGAUGUCCUCACGAGGGUAUACGACCGACUCGGCGCCGAUAAGCCGCACCUGAAGGAAGAGCCGAUGGUCAAGGAAGAAAAGACGGACGAGGAGGCUGCGCGCCCCCUCAGCCCAACCGAUGCACAGGAGAAGGAGACGCAGCCAACGAUUGAUGUGCGUUCCGGCGGUGCUCAAGAUAACGUUCAUGUCAGGAAGCCCAACCCAGAGUCUCCGCGAACGACGUCAACGCCCACGCCCGGCCCAACGCCCUCGAACCCGAGCACCGAAGGAAGAGCUUCCGCGAAAAAGAACCGCAAGAAGAAGAGCAUCGAUUUCAAGCCGUACCAGGGUCUCUUUGAGGCGACCCUGAAGAUGAGUGACGGCCCGACAGUCUGGGAGAUUGAAGAUCUGCGGGAUAACGUGAAGCGCGGCGAGAAGACCUGGACUGAGCAGGCCAACUGCCUGCUCUGCGGUGUCACCAUCGACUAA